AUGUCAGAGCUGACGGAGUGGUUAGAAGCUGAAUUGCCAAGUGCAGCACCUGAAAAUGAUCAACGACUUGUUGUAUUUCCUCGUCUCGUGUACUUGCAGAUUAAAUAUUGUAGGAAAUUGAAGAGUGCUCCGAGUCACUUUCCAUGCCUUAAAGAAUUGGAGAUUGGUGAGGUGGAGAGCGAAUUACCUUUGGCAAGUAUAUGUGGGAUCAACUUAAUCUCUGUUACAAAGCUCCAAAUUGAGUUAAUUGAUGGAUUGACGUGUCUCCCAGAUUGGCUUUUCCUUAAAAAUCAAAAUCUCUCGAAGUUGGAGAUAACGGACUGUCGUAACUUAACGCAUCUAGUUCCGUGCUUGGAAGGUGGAGGAACAGCUCUUAGGAAUUUGGAGAUACGGAAAUGUCCGGAAUUGAGAGAAUUACCAGAUGAUCUACACACCCUCAGUGCUCUCGAGAAGUUGGCGAUUUACGGAUGCUCAAAACUGAAGACAAUACCAUAUCCACAUGAAACACAUAAUGAUGAUGUUGAUGAGCAAUUAUUGUUAGGCUUGAGUUGCCUUCGUCGAUUGAGUAUUGAACACUGCGAUGAGCUGACCAAUUUGCCGAUUGAGUUAUGUGUGGAGUCCUUGGAGAGUUUGACACUGAGUGGAUUAAUGAAUUUAAGGAUGAACAUGGGAACGUUGAUUGGGUAUUGUAUGCAGAAAAUGCCUCGUCUCUCUGAGUUGAUGAUUGUUGAUGUUCCAACCACUAAUAAUCCAUGGGAGAUUGUUGGUUCUUUUUCUCCUUGCAACUUAAUAGAUUUAUCAAUCAGUUGUGAUGAGUACUCAGUUUCAGUUGUUGAUGCCAUCUUGAAAGCAACAACCAAAUCUCUUUAUGGAUUAGCAUUGCACGGGACAGAGCGUAGUCGUGAACUACCGGGGCAGCUUCAACAUCUCACUGCUCUUUCUCGGCUACGGUUAUAUGAUUUUGGAGAGAUGGAAGAAUUGCCUGAUUGGGUAAUUGGGAACAAUAACAAUGACAACAACAACUUGUCCUCAUCUAUGCAUAUGUUAUCUUUAUACGGCUGCAAGAAGUUGCGAUAUCUGCCGUCUAAGGAAGCCAUGCUACGUCUCAUCACCUUAAACAUCUCGGAUUGUCCGAUGUUAGAUAUAAAAGGUGGAGAUAGCGAUUAUGGUUCUGAGUGGCCCCAGAUAUCCCAUAUCCCCAGAGUCUAUGUGGAUGGGAAUCAAAUUCCAACUCAUGCUCAGUAA